AAGAAUUGACUUGGAUUGCAGCCAGUAGAUUAAUCAGAUUUCUGAAAUUCUAGUUUUAUUAUUGUCAAUUACUAUUUUCUAUUUAAGUUCAUCAUAUUGGUUGUAUUUAAAAUUUUAUUUAACUUGAGCAAUACUUCCAAGUAUAUCAAGUGUUAAAUCUUCACAUGCCUACAAAGAUAUCUCUAAUAUUAUUUAUAUUAUUCUUUUCCACACUUGGCUACGAAACUUAUAAUGUGUGGUCAUGACUUCAAUUGCAACUAUCGAAAGUUUAAACUUUGCACAGACUUAUACUCUUGCUGCUAAAGUUAAAGAAAAGUUGCAGAGAGAUGUUCAUAAGUCAGAUUCGAAUCUUAGAAUUAUAAUUCUUCAAUCUAACAUGCUAGAUAAAAUAAUUGAUCAUUUACAAAACAAAUUAACUACAAGAACCCCAUCCAUUAAUUCAGCGAUAAAAUUUACAACUACUACGUCUAUUACAAUUGAACAUACUAAAGGUGCUAUCAAAGUUGAUGAUUAUUUAUCUAAAGACAUGAAAAAUGUAAAUGUAAAUGAAGAUGACGAAGACGAAGAAGAAGAUGAAGAAUACAGACAUUACUUUAAUUGUCGGAAUCAUUUAACUAGAUGCAAUUCACGACCCGACUCAGAAUUACAAUCUGAUUCAGAAUCGGACGAAGAGUAUGAUUAUUAUGAUACCGAAGUUAAUGGUUCCGACUCCGAUUCCGACUCUGACUCCGAAUCGGAUGUGGUCUAUGACUGAUAUUUCGUUGUUGUAUUCUAAGUUGUUGAUAAAUCAAGCCGCAUUACGUACUUAAUUACAUAGAGGAGGAUGCCUUUAGGAGAAGAAAUACAUUUAUUCCCAAAGUAAAGAGUUAUUUUUGAUUACUACAUGGCUUUGCUGUGAUGUCAUUAUGAUACAUUAUUGUCUGCAUUUCGCAGUGGAUAAUUUAGCUUCUUUGUUAAUAUCAGUAUUUUUAUCUACACUCUCAUAUAUGUUAGAAUAAAAUAUAUACUGUAUCAUAAUGCGCGAAACGGAUCUUAAAAUCUCCUUAACUCGGAUUUAGAUGCUUGGUCUAAACCC